AUGAAAGACGACACGUUCAGCGGCUGUAUCCCGUUAAAACACGUUUUUGGUUUUUGCGAGGACUACAAGCGUAUACUGGUGAAUUGCAGUCAACAACUAAUAUUGAAUAGAUCGAUGUCGGACACGAGCGCGCUACAUUACACCAGCGUGGUAGGCGGGGACGUGGCCACCGAGUCGGUUAAAACUAUGAUUGCAAAAGUCAAAGUUGUGUUAACGCGGGUGUUGUGGAAAGUACCAGUGGUCAAAGUCGACGACCGCGAGAGAUUGAGGCUGAUGAAAAUCAUUGAUAGCAAAAAAAUGAUAAAUUGUGCGUUUCGAAAUUGGGAGCUUUGCGAGUACCCGAAUCUACCACAAACUAGCAAACACUCUUGGAUGGUUAAAACGUGUUCGCAGGUGGAAAAACCUAGGUGUUUAAUAAUCGCUUUUCUCACCAAUACGCCGGGUAGCGUAUCGGACGGAUAUAGCGGCGAUUACGAUGCAUGUUCGCUGACAAACGUUAAAGCAUAUAUUAAUUCGGUCGAAUACCCGUACGAGGAUUUCAACGAGAGUUUCGACAAAAACCUGUUUACGAUGUUCUAUCAAAAUUAUAUCGAUUUCCAAAAACAUUAUUACGAGAGGGAUAACUCCCAACCGUGCCUGUCGAGAGAAAAAUAUAAAGAGUUGGGGCCGUUUAUCUGCAUAGAUUGUUAUUGUGUUAUAAUGAACAUGGGCGGUGCUAAAGAUCACCCGACAAAAUCGUACGAUUCAGAUUUACAUAUAUAG